AUGCUAAAAAAAACUGCAAACUGCAAACGGAAACGUCCUACUAUUUGGCCUCGAAAUCAAAGGUCUCCAGGGUCACAGGUGGGGAAGGCGUCCCAGUUCGCCACACCUGUCACGGUCGCACACUCUGCGCUUGCGAAUGCGACCAAAUGGCGACCGUCUUGCCUGACAAUGGCGAUAGCGUCGAGGAGGGAAGAGCCCUAGCGCGGGGCUUGGGCCGCGCCCAUUGCGCGGCACCACGCCAAGGAACAAGGGCGGAAAAGGCCUGAAACUGAACGCAGUGGAGGCAGUAGCCGUCUGCAAGACUGCGGUCGCCGCCAUGACAGAUCCGGUCAUAGGCGCGGACCAAAAAGCCUCAGACAUUGAGGCCCUACUGGCAGUGGAGUUUUUAAAGCACCAGCCGGGCGGGCACCCUGAGCCCGGCCGGCGCGACGGAGGCCCGCUUGACGACCGCCGAUGGACCGGCCGUUCGGGGAGAUCGCUGUACAAGUACUACAAGGACAUCAGGAGAUGCUGUCGAAAGUUUAUGGCCGUUUUCUUGCGCAUAGACGCCAUGAACCUCACGGGCAGCCCUACCGAGGAAGACGUAUGGCGAGCAGCAACAUACUCGUACAACAAGGAGAAGUUCAUCCCAUCAACUAUGUACGACAUCUUUAGGAACAAGGAGUAUGACCUGGGGCCGCCGUUUCCCUAUCUGGACGCGUACCGGUGGCUGAUGAUGCACUCCAGAGUGCUCGAAGUUGGUGAUGCUAUCGCCAGCCCGACUGAUCAAGCUGCAGGCAUUUCAGCACCAUCUGCGAAUCGCGACGACACUGCUAAUGCCACUGGGUAUAUUGAAGCGCCCGAGAUUAUACGCCCGAGCGAUGACAGGGGGGCUGAGAGGCCGCAAGGCAGGAAGUCCGCCAAGAAGAGAAAAGCUGAGGCGUCAUCGUCCGCCCUUGAAGAUCUCGCGUCCUCAGUGCAGCAAUAAGCAAGGGCUACCACUGCGAUUAGGACUACAGAUGCGGAGGGGCCCCACGGCAAAAGAGCGCGAACCCGAAUAGCUCAGCAGAAGUGGCACCUACAAGCUCUGCAAACCGUUUUUGCAGACUCGAUGGGCGGCACCGAGGCCCAGCAGUUGUCCUUGGCCAAGCAUAUCCGAGAGGGUGUCAUGCGAGAUCUGAGCAUCGCAAAAGAGGCCAUGCUGGAGGCAUCAGCAUCACCCUCAGGCUGCGAGCCUGAGGGUGAUGCUGAUGCCUCCAGCGAUGAUGAUGUGUAUUUGUGCGCAGUUGGGCGUGAGAAGUGUAUCAUCCGGGGCGCCAGCUGCCCCGAAAGGUCUUCCAAAAACGUUGCGUGCCCCAGCUGGCCGCGAAAGCUGCACGACGCAUGCGCAAAUGCGAUAUGGGAGGAGGCGAGACGCGCUUGGGAAGAAGACUACAAAUUCUGCUCCGCUGGCUGCUAUGAGUCAGUUGCCAGCACUACUCGCAGUGCAGAUCUGUAGCGGCGCUCGCGUGCGAGCCCCCUUGUGAGGAGCAGAACGUGGAGCAACGGGCAAGCAGUCUUUGUUGUUGUUCUGAAUCCAAAUGGUCGAGCGGUGCGUCUGUUCUAUAGCCUUCCCCUUUUGCGCACCCGGAUGGGGCAACGAGCGCGAGUGGCGGGGUCGCUCGCGCGCGGUGAGCAGUGAAAUAAAAUAGAGUAGCCUCUGCCUCUUUGGAAAGAGGAGGCAGAGGGCAAUUGUUCGCCA